UUGGACGCUAUCCAGUUGGAAUCACGCGGCGAGAACGCGCAAACGCCGUUUAUCGAUCGCCAAAAAAUUACGAAACAAAAAUAGGCAGUGUCAAUAUUAAUUAACAACGUACUUUAAUACAUUUUUAUUUAUAGAAAAACCAACAAAAAAUAAAACAAUCUGUGAUAAAUUAAAUAUAAGCGAUCAAAAUUAUAAUUAUAUUUUUAGUUCGUCAAUAUAUUUGCGUUUUGUGUUGUGUUACUAGAAACGAUGUAUCAAUAGUUAAAAAUAAAUCGCGAUUAAGACCGCAGACUCUGAGUGUACAGUGGACAAUAAAAGCUGAGUGCAAACAAACAAUAAAACUGCAACUAUUUUGAGCACGCUGAGCAUAAAACGAGCAAACUGAUGCUCAUAAACAAAAUGGCCACUAACCGGCACGCGACUCCGUUUAUAAAUCACAAUAUGUUUAUUUGUAUUUUCGUCUCACUCUUGCUGCCGAUGGCAAACGAAGGUGCGUCAAAUGUUUACGGAGACAGCCGAAGUUUUCCGAACGAUGACGGAGGGAAAAGACUGACGAGGGAAUACCACCUAAGGCAAGGGGCUUUAAGGGGACUGAUUGUAAGACCAAGUCGGCAGUAUGAUUUCCAGUAUGUGGAAAUGUUUCUUGGUAUACCAUAUGCUGCUCCUCCUACGGGGAACCUGAGGUUCAUGCCGCCUGUGAAUGCCCCACCCUGGCCAGGAGUGAAGAUGGCCACUCGGUUUGCCCCUGUCUGUCCACAGGCACUGCCACCUAUCAAAAAGGGCAACCCUCCAUCAUCAGGUCGACAACAUUACAUGAAUCAGCUCAAAGGCUUCCUCAGGAAUGAGUCUGAAGAUUGCUUAUACUUGAACAUUUAUGUUCCGUAUAGAGAACAAAAAUCCAAGAAGUUUCCAGUGCUAGUCUUCAUUCACGGUGAUUCCUUCGAGUGGAGUUCUGGUAAUCCGUAUGAUGGAAGGAUGCUGGCAUCAUACGGAAACGUCAUGGUCAUUACUGUAAACUUCAGACUUGGGAUAUUAGGCUUUAUGAAACCGAGUCUGACAGAACAUGUCUACGGCAAUAAUGGCCUCCUAGACCAGUUGGCAGCUCUGCAGUGGAUCAAAGAUAACAUUGAGGAUCUGAAUGGUGAUCCAUCCUCCGUUACCCUCAUGGGUCACGGGACUGGUGCCGCCUGUGUCAGCUUCCUGAUGCUGUCUCCAAUUUCCAAUGGACUAUUUCACCGCGCCAUACUCAUGUCCGGGUCUGCGUUGUCAGACUGGGCGAUGACGAAAGAUCCGACGCCGUACACUUUACAAGUAGCCCAGAGCCUGGGUUGCAAUCCAAGUUCCAAGAACAUGAUGGCGUGUUUGCAAAAGAAACCUUUAUCAGAAAUCAAGAAAGUACAGAUUUUAGCAAGAGAGUUCGAGACACCUCUAGGGCCAGUGGUAGCUGGAUCUUUUAUUCCAAACGAACCAGCUAAGACUAUGGAGUCCUUCCCUAACCUAUUGAGCAAGUACCAGCUUCUAAGUGGAGUGACUGAGUUAGAAAGAUACCACGACUUCGGCGUGAUAGAACUUGAGCAUGGAGUACUGGAGAACCAGAGAGAUGACUUUAUAAAAAAAUAUGCCAAGAUCAUAUUCGAAGGUGCUGAGGACGAAACCUUGAAAUCCAUUUUGAAAGAAUAUUCGCCAUCAAAGCUGGACCCGCAGCGUUGGAACGUAGAAACGAAUCGCGACGUGAUUCUCAAUAUGUUCAGCGAUGCUCGGACUCUCGCUCCAGUCAUUCGCUUCGCCAACUAUCAGUCGCAAGCCAACCGACAAUCCUACUUCUACGUUUUUGGACACAAUUCCAUCAGCUCCGAUUAUGCUGCUCUCAACAAAAGCGUUCAAGGGGAAGAGUUGCCAUAUGUGUUUGGUGUGCCACUAGGAGUUACAAACACACACUUCAACCCCGACUACACACAACAGGAAAAACUACUCAGCGAAGUUAUUAUGAGGAUGUGGACAAAUUUUGUCAAAUAUGGGUCUCCGAAUUCUCAGGCUCCGGUUAAGUUCCAUAACUUAGACCGAAGACAAUGGAGUCUGUAUGACAUUGACUGGCCCGAGUAUGACGGCGCUCGCCAAUCUUACUUGAAGUUCGACAUUCCACCAGAGGUAGAUACAUCGUAUCGUUCCAAUUAUACCAAGUUUUGGAUAGAUACGUUACCAAAUAAAGUGAGCAAGUAUAUAGUGGAUCCCUUGUUCGAAUACACUCCCCCACCAUCUUCAACGAGACCCAAGAUUAGCCACAGGAACACGGGAAGCGCACCUAGUGAAACAAAACCUACAAAUAAAUACCCUAGUACGUCUGUUAAAGAUCCUAUCCGACGAAUCUGGGCCCCUCAAGUAGCGGAAACUCCACAUUACUCUUCAUCGGGAAUAUAUGGGAAAAUGCGUCCAUAUUCGCAGCCAGUUAGAAGGCCGGACACUAACGUUAUAUACAAGGAGAUUAUGUCCAUCGAGAAGCCAGCCCGGCCCGUACCAUCGGGGUUAAUGGAAAAAACCGUAACACAUUUUACACACACUACUACGUCUAAACCAAUAGUCAACUUGGCAGUAAAAACGUCCAGCGCAACUAUCGCGUUGAUAGUGUCGUUAGCUAUUCUCUUUCUCGCUAUCAACGUCGCAAUUUGUUUUAUAUUUUAUAUCAAAAAACGUAAGCUCAGGCUGCGAGAACAAACACUCGAGAGUUCUCAUCAGCCGCGCGCUGAAAUAGGUGAAGUAGAUGUAAUCGGCCAAAAGAGCUCUAAGGAUGACAAAAGCGCUUUGCAAACUCUAAAAAACGGUUGCAGCGUCAUUAAGUCGAUGAGUUUUAAUAAAAUGAAAAACAAUUCCAAGAAACAUAAAAAGAAAUCGGAAGUCUGUAAAACCCCCAAGUCUGAUGACUCAGGGGGAUUUAGAGAGAGAUUUAAACUAAGACGGCAUUUAUCGACUAGCACUUUAGAUGCUCACACUAAAGUGAGGGACUGGAUUGCCAAUGAAAUGAUGCAUCGAUGCUCCCCAGGCAUAUUGAGAAAAUCAAACUCUGACUUAAACGAAAAACACAUGACUGUAGCAAAACCAUUCACGAGAUCAGAAGAGCUUCUUUCAGAUACGAAAAAAGGUAAAAAGGAUAACAUUAAAAUGAACGAUAGCGUAAAUUCUAAGAGUUUUGCGUCAAAAACAUACAGUAAAACUAGAACAUCUGAAAAAACUACGUCUACUUCAGCGCUUGGCUCUCAUUCUUCUAUUGGAAGUCAUAAACAGUCCUUGAGUAGUAUAAAACAAACGAGUAAAUCAAACGACUCAAUAAAAAGUAAAGCUACUGAGAGUAUUAAAUCUAAAAAAGUAUCUGUAGCUAUUGAUGCCACACCUGCUGCAAGAACUAAUUCUAUAUUAAAUCAAGAACCGAUUGAAAUAUCUAAAUCAUUCGAUAACGGCGAUCAAAUACAUUCCAAUAAAACAGAAAAAUCUACAGAAGUUGAGUUAAAGUCUCCCAUUCAUACAGAAACGAAGAAUGAUGAAAAAACGUUCACAAACGUAGUGACUCUAUCUGUGCAAGAUAAACCUUUAAUAAUAUCUCAUAAGCAUUCCUCCUCUGAUCCAGUUACUGAUGUCAACUACGAUAAAUUAAUAGAAAAGAUGGAGUCUGCUAAUCUAAUGAAUAUUCUUCCACCUGUUACAUUUAGAAACGAUAUAAAUGUAACUUCUCGUGAAGAACGUCCACAAAUAAAUCCAAUGACGGCUGAAGAAGCCUUACUGACGAUUAAGAAAAGAAACUUUCCCAAGGUACUGCCUGACUUACCAAAGGCACAAAAACGACUGUCAUUACAACCAAAUUCAUUACAAACGUUCCGAGGAUACUCGUCAAUGGAUGAACGGCCUAAAGUUCCACCGCAGCCACCACCACGAACCACGACUCUAGAACGACGUCUUGCGUAUAAAAAUUCAAAACCAUUAUCUUCAUUUGAUGCAUCAAAUGUCAAGAAAAUUAAUGAGGAUACGGCUGUUAAAAAUUAUGAAAACAUUGACAGUUUGUCACCAUAUUAUAACACACCUUCACGAAAUGCGUCAUUUGAACGCAAUAAUAUUUCUGAAACAAAUAUUAUAUUGCCAAAAGAUAGAGAAUUACCAAGAGUGAUCAUAGCUUCUAGUGAUAAUCCAUCGUUACAAGAACCAAAGAUAGUAAUUACGCCUUCUCCUAGUCAGGUAGAAAUACCUACUAAUGCGCCAAGAGUUCGUCUACCCGACGAUUUUCACAUGCAAGGAUCUAUCACAUCGUUUUCAUCGUUUUGUUCUGAUGAGGAUGAAGAAGAUGAUGUUGAUAUUGAUGACGAAUUUGAAGACAAACUAAUUCAGGAAUUAGUUGGUGGUGUUGAUUCACCAACAAAUAUGGAGGAUGUAUUGGACUCCAAAGGACCAGACUCGAUUUUUGAAAAGAAAUUAGAAAUCGUACCAGUUAAAAUUAAUCCCGGUAUUGUAGUUCCUAAAUCAAAAGAUGAUUACGUAUGCGUAAGUGAUUUGUUUUUACCAGAUGUGAGUGAUUUAGAAAAAACUGCCCAAAUAAAACCUAAUUUCGGUCUGAAUAAACUGCAACAUAGAACAGAAAGUAUUCAUAGACCACCAGAAAAAGCUGUUAAAGUUAAACAGAGAAAAAGUAGAACACCUUCCAUUUUAAAUCGAAGUUCUAAGAGUAAAAGGGGUAGUGAUAAAAGUAGGGGUGAUACAGUCAAACUGGAACAUUCUACUUCAGGGUCAUCGAAUGAUACUGAAACCAGCACAGGUACAGUCAAGAAAGUAGAAUUUAAAAAAGGUUGAUUGCAAGUUAGACUGAGAUGUAUCUUUUUAAAAAUAGUCUUAAAAUACCAUAAUUUUAAUUAAGUUCCAUACCCCAGUAACAGUUUAGUAGUUUUACAACUUAAGCCAUAGAAUUACCAAGCUAAGAUCUCUGUAGAUGUAAUAGAUAAAGAUUAUUUGAAGUACUGGAAAUAUUUUCCAUUCGAAGCCACACUUUGGAACAAGUACCUAGCUUCACUGACGGACAGACUGACAGACUAUUAUUUAUUUCUAUAUUUGUUGACAUUACCUAUUUAUGGUUUAAUUGUAAUAAAUGAUUUGACUAUGACUUUGUUAAUAUCUGAUGAACCAUUUGGAUUUCGUACAUCAAAAAUAGCUGUAAGUACAAAAUUUGCGAUGUCCUAAAAUUAAAUCCAUUCCAUCGAGAGUGAAAUGAAAUUAUUCAAUUGAUAAAACUUUUGUAACAUUGUAUAUUAUUAUUUUAUAAGUAAGCUUAGUUAAUAACUGAGUGUCUUCGUCAAUUCGUGCAUAAUUUUGUAAUAAGUACACUAUAAUUUAUAAUGUAACUGUUUACGUUUUGCUAUUGUAAGAUACCUGACCAAACGUUUAGCCAAAGUAUCAUUUAUGUAAAACUGCAUUUAGAGAAUAUAAGUUUUGUACAAAAUUA